ACCUUUCUGCUUAUAUGUAUUAUUAUUUAUUGUAUUAUUAUAUUAUAUAUUUAAAUUUAUCAUCGCAAAUCGCUAGUUUCACUUAUAAAACCAGUUUUGCGGACUUUUAUUUUAAAGGAACAGAUUUAUCCCGAAUAACUGUUAUUUCGAAUCUUCGAUAACAACUUGUUCCUGUUCCACGUUGGUAACAGUUCCGAAAUACCUGUUCCGUCAAAUACUCCCCACCCCUAGAAAAGACCCACACGGCAGUUAAAGUGUUUUAAGACCCGAACCGAAGACGACAUGCAAGAGAAGCUCAUCCGCAUAUCAGAGAUUGCGAAAAAUCAGGAAAACUUUAUCCAAAAUGCAUUCAAAUCAGUGGAAAGGCAACAAGAGGACAUCCAUAAAAAUUUCUUGGAGAAUAUAGCUAAGAUGGAAAUAUUUUUAGAAAGGAACGGAACGGGAGGCGACGCUUUCAAAAAACAGCUAAUGUCUUUUUUGUCCGGUACGCAGCGGUCAGUCAAAUUUGAAAAUUUGCUAAAGGAGUAUGAACAAGUGCAAACAAGAGUGCGACAAGCAGGUCCAGAUAUAAAGGAAGACGACCUUAAGGCAUUUAUGGAUGCAAUCGAAAACACGCGAAUCAAGCAAGAAGUGAUCAACAGCGUAUGUGAUUACCAGAAAUAAAUGUCAAAAUGGCUUAAUUUAAUUGUAUUUAAAAAAAAUUAACAACGUUCUUAACGUGUAAUAAAUAGUGAAAUGAGCAAA